UUGGCUUUUCCCCCCUCCGACCAUCACGACAAUACUAACCCGACAACCCACCCGUCAUCCAGCAUUCAAGAUGGCCAAGGAAGCGCCCGUCAAGACCGGUCUCAUCACCGGUCUCAACCAUGGACACAAGACCACCGCUCGUGUCGUCAAGCCCCGUGUCUCCCGCACCAAGGGCCACCUGAGCAAGCGCACCGCUUUCGUCCGUGACGUCGUCAAGGAAGUCUCCGGCCUUGCCCCCUACGAGCGCCGCGUUAUCGAGUUGCUCCGCAACUCCAAGGACAAGCGCGCCCGUAAGCUCGCCAAGAAGAGGCUCGGCACCUUCGGCCGCGCCAAGAGAAAGGUCGAGGAGAUGACCCGCGUCAUCGCCGAGUCCCGCCGUGUCGGUCACUAAACGAUUUUCCCCCCUUCGAGAGGAAUCCGUCAAAACCAAAAUGGGGCGCAACGGGGUUGUUGUGUUGGACUGGCAAACUACUGGGUUUAUAUGGGUCAAGGGCGUGGUCACAGCAUAAAAGUUUGUGGUCUAUUUCUAAAAACAAAUCGACGGAACUCCCCCGUAUCAUCAUGGAAUGAUGAUGCCUUCACGACAAAUACCAAAAUUUCAAGCAC